AUGCAAACACCAUCAGUCCACAAACCAAACAAGACCAAACCAGUUGAGUCCACAUCACGCUUGUGGGCGCUUGUUAUACGACCGGUUGCCCGUUCUUCAGCUGCAGAGCUCAGCGAGGUGGACGACUUCGACGAAGACGACGAGGUCGAGCUCGUUCCGUCACCGACCAAAUCACGUCUGCCCAAGUCCGAGAAGUUGCCGGCAUCUGCUACUGUCUCCGAGCCAAAGGGGGCCCCUCGCCGUGGCCGGCCCCGUAAGGAUGCCAAGGAGCAGACAAAGAUCGACACCUCUGGACUCAAUACUUACUUCGAGGUCAUGGCGAAGUCGGAGGAGCAGUCCGCCGCUCUACGCCAACAGAGAUACGAGCGCGUGGCGAUAGAGAAGAAGGUUGACUUGGCGCAGAAGAUCAUUGACGGUGAACGUGCGUCCCCUGGUACAUAUACCUUCCAGGUUGUGGAUAACGCCAAUCGCAUCUUGGCCGAAUUCCUUUCCCUUGGCUUUGGUGAUUCCUAA